CAAACAUCAGUGUCCAACGUUAGUGCUUUUCCAGCUCUCUCUCGGACUCGGUCUCCGCUCGCCAGGUCCGGUCAUCCCUCCUCCUCUCUCUCCCCCUCGCUGGUUCCGGCGUUCGCCGACUAGAAAGCGGUUUCAGAAACUCCGCUAACGUCAGUCUCUUUUAUCCCCGGUGGCUCUCUCAGGCAUCAAAUCGCUAUGAGUACCGGCGAGCUUCUUGGCAUCGAGCCUCAGGAGCUCCAAUUUCCCUUUGAGCUGAAGAAGCAGAUCUCGUGCUCUCUAAAUUUGUGCAACAAGACCGACAAUUAUGUUGCUUUUAAGGUGAAAACGACAAAUCCAAAGAAGUAUUGUGUGAGGCCUAACACUGGAGUCGUGUUGCCGAGGUCGAUUUGUAAUGUUAUAGUUACAAUGCAAGCACAAAAAGAGGUGCCUCCUGAUAUGCAAUGCAAGGAUAAAUUCCUACUUCAGACUGUAGUUGCAAGUCCUGGAGCAACGGCAAAGGAUGUAACUCCUGAGAUGUUCAAUAAGGAAGCAGGGCAUCAUGUUGAGGAGUGCAAAUUAAGGGUUGUUUAUGUUGCACCUCCUCGACCUCCAUCACCAGUUAGAGAAGGCUCUGAGGAAGGUUCCUCACCUAGGGCUUCACUCUCUGAGAAUGGAAAUUUGAAUGCUUCAGAAUUUAAAACUGGCACAAGAGCUUAUAUUGAGCAGCAUGAUCCGCAAGAUAAAUCAUCUGAGGCAAGGACUAUCAUUUUAAAGCUGACUGAGGAGAGAGAUUCUGCUAUUCGGCAAAACAAGCAGCUUCAGCAAGAACUAGAGCUCUUGAGGCGGGAACGCAAAAGGAGUAACGGUGGUGUUUCAUUGAUAUUCAUCUUUCUUGUUGGCUUGUUUAGCAUCCUUUUGGGAUACCUCAUUAAGAGUACAUGGUUACUUAACUCUUUUACUCGCUGAUGUUAUAUUGGAUCUAGACGGAAAAAUCUAGAAAAUUGGAAAAACCGCAUCUGAGUGGUGAAUCAGGGCUUUUGUCAGUCAUAAUACACCGCUGGUCUGUAUUAAACUAGAUCGAUCUCCUGCGUGUGAUGGAUUAGAAAUUUCAUUAUAUCACCAUGUAUGGACAGUAGAGGAAUUUACUGGAUUUUGUAACUGCAGCCAACUUCCUCAUGACUGUUCCUAGUUUACAUUUUAUUUAUAAUAUAAUUGUUAAAAAAUG